AGAGAGUCACAAAACUGGGCACGAAGACCAUGGGGAAAAAUGUGUAUAAAAAGCGGGAAAAAAUCCAAAAUAAGCAUCAGUUGUCUUCUGAGGUGGAAGAACAAUCGGGCUCAUUUGUGCAGAAAGCGAAAAAAAAAGUGAUAGAGACAAAAUGAAAUUGUUCCUGGCAAUCACUCUUCAGUUCCUAUCUGUCCUGGCAUCACCUACGUCAUCAGUGGACAAAAAUGGAGAUGGAAAAAUCGUAGGUGGAUAUCCUGCAAAUAUUGAAGAUUUUCCGUAUCAAGGAGCUCUCAUGUAUCGCAAUCGAUUCCUCUGCGGAUGCAGCAUCAUCUCUGAUCAAUGGAUUCUCACAGCAGCUCAUUGCACAAAGGGAGGCAAGGACAAAUACUUCAGUGUGAGAGUUGGAUCCAAUUAUCAUGCUAGAGGUGGAGAAGUCAUUCAAGCCAAAGAAGUAUUUAAUCAUCCUGACUACAACAGUUCAACCGUCAAUAUGGACUUUGCCUUAAUCCACCUGCAACGUCCUAUUGAGUUCAACGACAAGAAGCAACCUAUCCAUUUGUCAGAACUCUGGGAACCUAUUGCACUCCACAGCAGGUGCAAGGUUUCAGGAUGGGGCGAGACUAGAGAUUCCACAGAGUCUAAUGAAAGCCUACGAGCUGUUGUAGUUAACAUUCUCGAUCCUGAAAUAUGUCAUCAAGCAUAUUCAAAGUUCGGUGACAUUUACAAUGAGAAUAUGCUAUGUGCGGGACAUAUCGACGGGGGAAAGGAUGCUUGCUUUGGGGAUUCCGGUGGACCACUUGUUUGUGAGGGUCGCCACGUGGGAGUUGUCUCCUGGGGUGCUGAUUGUGCUCUACCUGGCCAUCCUGGUGUUUAUGCAAAAUCAGCCGUUGUGAGAGAAUGGAUCCGGAAACAUGCAGGUAUCUAAAAGGGUCGUUCAUCCACCCAGGAAGUACCCUUCGCAAGAUUCUAUUGACCUUUCUGCUGACGCCUUCAUUGAUUUCUCCAUCCAAGGAUAGCAACAAAUAUGUUGAAAAUUGUAACAUACCAAAGAUUCAACGUUUGAGAUAUAUAUUUAUUUGUGAAAUAUUGACAUAACGCGCUAUAAAAAAAAGGGUUGAAUAAACUUUUGUGAAAAAAGGAAAUUUUUCAUAAACCAUCA